GGACUUAACUGCCAUGGACAAGCUUCCAGAGUACAUGAAACUAUCUUUCUUUGCACUCUUCAACCUGGUCCACGAAGAAGGCUACCGGGUGAUGAAGGAGAAGGGCGUGGACAUUGUGCCUGACUUAAAGAGAGCAUGGGGAGAUCUAUGGAAAGCAGACUUUCAGGAAGCAAAAUGGUUCCACCAUGGUCAAACCCCGAAGCUCAAGGAGUACUUGGAGAAUGCAUGCGUAUCAAUAUCUGGUCCAAACAUUCUGUUUAAUGCUUACUGCGUGAGCAAUGACUUAACUGGAGAGGCCUUGAAAGGUUUUCCCAGUACUUACUAUGAGAUCACACACUCCUCGAGCACACUUUUUCGUCUUUAUGAUGAUAUGGGCACUUCCACGGAUGAGCUAGAAAGAGGCGAUGUGGCCAAAAGUAUUCAAUGCUACAUGCAUGAAAAGUGUGUCACAGAGGAAGUGGCUCGAAGGGAGAUAAGAGAAUUGAUGAAGAAAUAUUGGAGAGCUUUGAAUGCAUCUCUUAGUUGGGAUUCUCCAUUAGAGGAGUACUUCAAGAAUAUAGCAAUUAACAUCCCUCGGACGGCACAGUUCUUUUAUCAAGAUGGGGAUGGCUUUGGCAAGUCGGAUGGAGAAACUAAAACCCAAAUUAUUUCGGUGUUAUUUGAACCUAUCCAAAUCUAGAAGGAAUGCACACAUGCUCUACUCCGUAGUUGUACGCGGGCAAGGGGAGGAAAGGGGAGGAUGGAUCCCGUCUUAAUAACAUUUGUAUUCACCUAUAUAUAUAGUUUUAUCCAACUAAAUAAAUGGAAUAUUUUCUAUUGUUUA